CGUGACCGACGCGAACAUGCCGCCAUAUUGAACGAGAUUAUUUGGUGAAACUGAGAGUUUGUGCGGGAGCUAGUUUAGCUGAAAACUCCAAUUUUCCACCGCUCUGCACCAUAUUCAAUAGUUCAAAAUUCAGCUCGAGUGUGUCGUGAACGAAAUUAAAGUGUUUUCCAUUGGAAUAGUGUGGAAGUAGGACAAAAAGAUGUCAGAAGUUCAGCCAGUCAGUCCGAAGGUGGAGGAGAAUGACAAGACACCGCCCAAGAGGACACCCAGCAAGCGAAAGACCACAUUGGAGCGGGCUCAGGCCGAAAGUGAGCAGUUGCUGAAGACAAUGGGUGGAAAUAUUGAAUUGGAAGGUGGACGCCGAACACGCUCCAGUUCCAAAGGUACAACACCAUCCACAAAGGAUGCUGCUACACCACCACCGGCCAAGAAGGCCCGUAACACUCCAGCGACUCCCACAAGUGGACGACGUGGGCGUCCCAAGAAGCUGGAGAAUCAUGAGGAAGUAGCUGAGGAGAAAAAUGAUGAUGAAGUAAAGCCAGAGGAAAAUAAUACUGAGAAGACCACGGAUACGGAGGCAGAAACUCCCGCCAAAGCGGAUGACAAAGUAGAAGAGAAGCCACAGGAAGAAAAGAAGGAAGAAGAGAAGGCCAAUGAUGCAGCUGAAGAAGUGAAAGAGCCUGAGGAGAAGAAGGAGACAGAACAGAUGAGUAACAACAAAAGCCCGGAAAAGAUGGAAGUUGAUGCUGUUGUGGUGGAGAAAAAGGAAGAGACGAGUGCAAAUACGGAGUCAGACACACAAAAAACUGAAUCAGCACCUGUAGCUGUUGUCGAGGAGAAGAAAGUUGAAGAGACACCGUGUGAGACAACGAAGGAGGAGGUCAAGGUAGAUACGCCACAGUUAAAGACACCCGAAGAUGCACAGAAUGCUUCGCCAGAGAAGAAAGAUCAAUCUGCUCUUGAAUCUUGUGAACCGAAAAUAUCUCCAAAACCCACUGAGGAAGUUGCAGCUCCAUAAAUGCAGCCAUGUCCCUCAAAACCAGACCCACACAAACACAUCCACAACUGAGAAAAUGUAAGGCAGAUUUUCUUUAUCAUCUUUUGUGUGAAAUUUCAAUAUUACUUUUCUCUACUCUCUUUUUUAUUUUUUUUCCAAAAUUUCUGUUUUUUUUUAGUUUUCCUCAAUUGUAUUUUUUUUGUUACUAGAGACGCCCCGAAAAUGAAAAUUGAUAUACUAAAUUUAACUUGGGAAGUGUCAACACGGAAAUAUUUUAUAAAUCUUAGUUUUUGACAGAUGAAAAAAAGAACUAAAGAAAAAAAAAACAAAUUGAAUUAUAGUUAAAGGCAAUGUAGUAUUUUUGACAAAAAAAAAGAGAUGUGGCAAAGAUUUAAGAAAAAAAAUGGAUAAAAUUUUAAAAAAGAAAACUCAUAAGGAGAACUUUGUAUAUUAGCAUGAAAUACAUUAAUGUAAAUAAUUAAAAAAAAAAGAGGAGAGAAAAAAUAUUAAUGUACGUUAUUAAUAUGCAAGGAGAAAAAAUUUUUUUUCUAUUAAGAAGUAGUUCAUAAUUUACACUUGUUACUACACAGUUUAAAUUAAUACACUAUUUGUCAUAUAAGGUAUAAAUUUUCCCCAAAAAAAAAAAACCUUUGAAAUUCAGCCGAGUGUGAGAAAAAGAGCAAAAAUGAAAGAAAGGGGGCAAAAGUGGCCCAAAUAAUGUACAAAAGAAUCAGGUGUUAUUGCCAUACAAAUUUUCCUCGUCUUUAAUUUUGUAAUAAUUUUUUUUUUGUGUAUUCAAUGUUCUUUUAUUUUUUUUUCUAUGAAAUAAUUUGGUAAAUUAAUGAUUUUCGAUCAAGUGAGAAAAAUUGCUCGAAAUUAUUAUUCGUCUCUUUUGAAUUGUCGCGAGAAAGUGCAGAGAAAUUAAAUGUAUUUCAUCUGAUAAAACGUAAAAAUAUGUUAAUUUGAUCAAAUUUGUCCCUCUUUGCUGUUAAUAAAAUUUAUGAGAUA